AAAGGCUAGCAUUGACGUGCGACUCGUUAGUUCAGGCUAGGAGGUGAUAUAAAGGCGUACCGGGAUCCGUCUUGAUCCAAUUUGUUGCCUGUAACACAAAAGGAUCAGUUUAAUUCAGCGGGAAGUCCGUCGCUGCCACACCACAUUUUACCAUCAUGGUGGUGUGGGCGGUGCUGAUAUUGGCAGUGGUCGCGUUGACCGAUGCAGCGGUACCAGAUCCACCGGAAAAUUCUGGUAUCACUACGAUCGGCUCCAAGAAAUUGGCGACUGCCGCCGACUGCGCCGGGGUCGUCGCCUUCUCUGCCAUUCAAGGCUCGGUGAAUGAAGCUAAACUCGUUCUCGCCGAGACUCUGGUGGACAAAGGAGUCGGCUACGCGGCGGAGACAGGCAUCUUCACCACGCAUUGUCCAGGCCUCUACCAAUUCAGCUUCGCCGGGUACGGUAGCACGGACCUGCGGUUGACAUUGAAACGCAAAUUGAACAAGUCCGACAGCUGGAGAACAAUUGUCAGCGCCGGUCCGGGUGGAGGAAGCAAUCUCGUCCUGUUGAACGUUGAAGCCGGUGAUCAACUGGCCGUCUUCGUUGAAUCCGGAAAGAUCGUCGACGGGGCUACUUUUACGGGUCAUCGCGUUUACAAAAGAUAAACUGGACCGUUAAAAUCUUUAAUGACAUCAGGUUGGUCAUUAUUUUAUAGAAAAACUAAAUUAAAAUUAACGAAAGUGAUCCUAAAAGAAAAUCCGUGAUAUAUCAAUGUAAAAAUUUGACUAAAUCUUAGAAUUUUAUUUUCAAUUUAAACACUGAAUACAUUAUAUACGUAACCAAUCUAGUAAAGAACACCGAAUUUUAUCAGUAGAUCAUCUUCCAUCUACGAGUCAGUAAUUUUUUAAAUAAAUCAAUCUUUUAAAAUAAUAUAAAAAAAAUCAAGUUUUAAUGAAAUAUUAAAGAUUGAAAAAUUAAGAUAUACACGCGAUAAACAAAAUUAGCGAUAAUAUCAUACUCUUUUUGAUCAAUUCUAAAAUUUUCAUCAAUAAACAUAUUAUAAAAGCAUCCGAAAAGAAAAAAAAUUAAGACGCUUUAGCAAAAUCCAAGUUAUGAAUAUCAACGUUAUUUCAUUUAAGGUCUUUCUUGUGUGUCAAAAUAGAGUUUAUAGUUCUAAAACUUGUCGAUAAAUUUAAUAUUUUAGGAUAAUUGUUUCUCUCCGCUCUCGAUCAUUCGGCUAAAAUUUCAUUGAUCUAAUAAUUUUUAACUAAAAAGUAAAAACAAAUUUCUAACUAUUUUGUAAAUCAACAUAGACUUUUUCAGUUCUUUCGUCUUUCACUUCUUUCGUUUUGCUUUCUAGCGUUUUCUUCUUCAUAUUAACUUUCCCCUCGUCAAUUCGUUUUUCUCGACUUAUUUUUCUCGCUAUAGAUUAACGUGAUAUUAAAUCAACUUUCUCCGUUCAACUUACGUGCGUUCAUCUUUCUAUAUUUUCUUUGAUUAUAUCUCUAAUACUUCCUCUAGUCUUUAUUGUUCUCGACUGUUUCUACCGCUGUCCUCUUUUGAAAUUGUUUUUCUUCUCAGUUCUUAUCUCUGCUGUCCGUUACAAAUUUUAUCUCUCUUUGUUUCAUAUUUUCUUUUUCAUCUAUCUCUCUUUCGUGCUUUCUUUUAGAAUACUCGUCUUUAAAAAUAUUCUAUCAUUGAAAUUAUCGUAUUUUUACUUUUUUGUUUCUAUAAUUAUUCUGCCUUUUAAACUCAUUGUUAUUAUUUCUCUAUCUUCUUCUAGUCUAUAUUUUCUACAGAUCUUACAAGGUUUGGCUUUCUGCCAAACCUUUUUCACUUUUUUUCUUUUCAAUAUCGUUUUCUAUUUCCGAUUUAAUUUUUACAUGACUGUCUAUCUCUUUUUUCAUUUUUGUCUAUCUAUCUAUCCAUCUAUUUAUCUACCUGUCUAUCGAUCUUUUUUCUAUCUCUCUCUCUCUCUCUAUCUUUUUCACUCUGUUUUGUAAUAAAUGUCGCAAGCUUUUGCUAUUACAAUAGUUACGUCGGAGAGAAAAAUUGUAAAAUUGACA